UGCCUCUAGUCUGGAUGGCUGGAGUAUUUAAAGAUUGUCCAAACCAUCCCUCUGUCACACUCUCUCCCUCUAACUCUAUGCUGAAAUAUAUUGCUCUUCUCUUCCAAACUCCUUAGGUUGAUAGAAGAUGGCAACUGCAGGAAAAGUGAUUAAAUGCCGCGCUGCAGUGGCAUGGGAGCCAAGCAAACCCCUGGUGAUGGAGGAAAUUGAGGUGGCUCCUCCCCAGGCACAUGAGAUUCGCAUCAAGAUAGUCGCCACGGGUGUGUGCCACACUGACCUGUACCACCUGUUUGAGGGGAAACACAAGGAUGGCUUCCCUUGUGUCCUGGGUCACGAAGGGGCUGGGAUUGUGGAGAGUGUGGGGUCUGAAGUGACCAAGUUCAAUCCAGGUGAUAAAGUCAUCCCUCUGUUCAUCUCCCAAUGUGGCCAGUGCCGGUUCUGCAAGAGCCCAAAGACCAACCUGUGUGAGAAGGGCUGGGCCAGUGAUAGGUAUGAUGUGAUGUCAGAAUCAGACACCCGGUUCACCUGUAAGGGGAAGAAGGUGCUGCAGUUCAUGGGGACCAGCACUUUCUCAGAAUACACCGUGGUCAAUGAGAUCGCCGUGGCCAAGAUCCAUCCCUCAGCCCCUCUCGACAAGGUCUGUCUCCUUGGCUGUGGAGUCGCCACCGGAUAUGGCGCAGCCCUUAACACAGCCAAGGUGGAGCCAGGAUCUACAUGUGCUGUGUUUGGCCUGGGAGCUGUUGGGUUGGCAGCGGUCAUGGGUUGCAAAAACGCUGGGGCCAAGAGGAUCAUCGCCAUUGAUAUUAACCCGACCAAAUAUGAGAAGGCCAAGGUCUUCGGUGCCACAGAGUUUGUCAACCCCAAGGACCACAACAAACCCAUCAGUCAAGUGCUGUAUGAGAUGACCAAUGGAGGAGUGGACUUUUCCCUGGAAUGUGUGGGGAGUGUGGCCGUAAUGAGGAGUGCCUUGGAGUCGUGUGUUAAGGGAUGGGGAGUAAGUGUGCUGGUCGGAUGGACUGACAUGGAUGACUUUGCUGCCAGACCCAUUCAGCUCAUAGCUGGCCGCACCUGGAAAGGAUCUCUGUUUGGAGGUUUUAAGAGUAAGGAUGGUGUGCCCAAGCUGGUGAAUGAGUACCUGGAGAAGAAGUUGAAGCUGGAUGAGUUUGUCACCCACAACAUGACCCUGGCCCAGGUCAACGACGCCAUCCAGCUCAUGAAGACAGGAGACUGUAUACGGUCAGUCCUGAGUGUGGCACUGCAGUAAGAGGGUCAACUCAACCCAGCCAAUCACACUUAUUUUUCCUGCUCAACCAAUCAACGAGCAAAACUAUACAAUAUGGCUUGAUAAACCAAUGAUUCACUAUAUCACAAUAUGUAUUAGUGGGGUGAAUACUCAAUGGUAGGUAGCAUACUGCAGGCUUUCUGCUAGUAACCAUUGUAACAACAAUGAUAAUCAUGUUUUUAUUUUGUUAUGUUGCCUGGAAGCCAAUUAUGUUUCUGCUUUAGUCAUUGUCAAGUGGGAGUAGGAUAAAGUACAAAGAGAUCUGGCUAUCAUGUCAUGUAUGUCAGUUUUGAAUAAAACCAUUCCCUACUUCUCA